CGUGCCGCUACAUGUCCGGGUGAGUGGGCGUGGCCGCCGUCAUGACGGUCAGUGGACCGUGUGUGAUGCGGUUCUGAUGGAUCAGGACACUUCGACCCGAACCAAAGCGGUCCUCUGGAUCCUGGAGCACCUGUGGGCUCACGGGAGGGCGGAGCUUCUCCGAGUGGACUGUUCAUGUUGGCCUGAGCUGGACUGGUCACGGCCUCUGAGCCUAGAAGAUCCUUUGAGCCUGCGUGUAGCUGCUGCCAAGGCCUACUCCAUCGUGAAGAGCAGGGAGCUGUGGCGCUUUGAGACGGUGAUGAGCUUUUUGGAAGCUGCGUUCAGACUCCUGCCUGGACUGGUGGCUCCCAUCAAACACAUGAAGGUCAUGUUUGGACUUAAGACCAUGGUCAUCAUGUGGAUGCUGAAGGAGCGCCGAAGUCUGAUUGAAACAGUUUCCAAAGCCAACCAGUUUUUUCCCAGCAAACUGCUUCAGUACCAGGACCAGUGUAGUCAACGGGAGAUGUUCCUCAUGAGGAGAAACCACUCAGACUUUAAGGCGCUGACACAAAUGCUUGCUAUGGACCAGGACAAACUCAAGGACUACAUCAAGAACCAGAUGGAGCAGCAGUAUGGACGACGUUAUGCCCAGAAAGUGGAGGACAGAUUGUUAGACUACCUCUGCCAGCUGGAGGCAGUGUUACCACGGCAAACCUACAUUGGCACGCUCCUGCAGAUGGACCAUCCACUGAGUGAGGAGGAACGGCGUCUGUUGCAUGUGAUUGGCUGUGACUGCAGCACGAUGGCAGCGGCUGUUCACACGCUGCUACACACCGGCGUUGGCUCCUCUAGUCCAGCCCAGCGUGAACCAGAGCAGGAAACUUCACUUCUACAGCUCAACUCCUCAAAGACGUUCCCCAGGUCUGCAGGUGACCAAGCUGCCCAAGAUGUGUCCAAAGACAGUCCUCAUCUGUUUGACGAUGAGGAUUCACAGUUGGAGAGACGUCCUGCGACAGAUGGAUCAAGCUGUGACACGUUAGGACCGAGGCAGGUCGAUGAUGGUGGGCUCACAAAUGUAGCUGUUCCUCCACAGGAAGAAAGCCACAGCCACAUGUCAGAGGUGAAGAAGAAAGCUGAACAACAAGGGCAGGUAAAUGCUGAGAGUGUCCAGGAUGUGAUGUCCCCCUCUCCACAGUUCUGCUCCAGACACGAGCGGUGGGUGGACAGUAUCCUGCAAGAGUGUCCUGAUGACUGUUCAGAAGAGCUGCUGCUCCACAAAAAUACAUCUGUAUCCCCUCCACUGUUCCAAUCAUUGUCCUCUGCCCCUUCCUCACAUGACCUGACCCCCUCUGACCUCAGCCCAUGUUCCUCUGUCCAGCAACAUCUGCCUCCACAGACCUCCUUCCAUCAUCAGGUCUCAUCCCAAACAUCAGAACAAGGAAACUCGAAGGACACACCAAUGUCUGGGUCAGCAGUUCUCAGAUCUCAACGUGAGCCUCGACCUGGGUCUCAGGUGAUGUCCCCACUGGUCCGACUGGUGGACAUUGCUUCAGUCAAAGGUGUCUACCAAGAAUAUCGGUCUCAGCGACCAUCUCCAAGUAACUUCACCAUGUCUACUAAGGAACACACACCUUCAGCCUCCACUGCUGUGAUCCGAGCGUCUCCAUCACACCGGAACCCAACAAACAAAGACUCAGAUUCUGCCCAGACACAAACUGUAUCUCCAUCAACUCGAACAACCACAACAGACAGAAGACACACGCUUCCCGUAUCUCAUGUUCCAACUACUUCUGCCUGCUGUCCACCACCAGCCUCAAGGUCUUCCUCCAGGCUCUCACAAAAGCUCAAACAGUUUUCUGGUCACCGACAUUCAGGGUCCCCUGGUCUGUACAGUCAAAAACCUUUACCUGACUCCUUUGAAAAGGCUCCACCUACGCUGCAGACGACUUCUCCACUCUCACCCACUGAGUCUACAUCCUGUGGGUCGCAGGUUACACCUGGUUCCAAGACUCCAGUGUCACUCUUUGGGGGUCAUCUGGCAAAACCCUCAUCUGGCAAAGUUCAUCAGGUCACCAUCUCUGUCCAGUCUCAGUAUGACCUCAGACCCUGUGAACCACAGACCCAACCCCUGUCCAUGCUCAUGUUCUCUGCUCUUAACAGCCCCUCAGACUCAGUUAGGACCUCCAGAACCACACUGAGGUUAUCACGACAGAGUCAGGCUGUGCUACUGCAGUCCAAGCUUCUGCAGCCAUGUGUGAGACUGACCAGGCUGGACCCGCAAGACCAUCACAUGGUCGCCAAAACCAGAUCAUCUGUCCCCGGGAAGGUGCUGCUGGAAGAAGAAGAUAAAGAGGAAAGUCUUCUGGAUUCUUCAUUUGAUGUGGCUGCUCUUUACUCCAGUUAUUCUUCAGGUAGUGACAGUGAGGACGCACGGGACACAGAUCCCGACUACAAACCUCGUAUUAAAAAGAAAAGGCUCUUCUUCAGCUGUUGGAUGUGGGAGAGCCUCAGCCCUAGCUGAGAACAUUUUAAUCAUUCUGGGACUCUGUGGGUGCAAAAGCCUCGUUAGUGCUCACUUGUCCAGAGGAGAAAGUCCUGAGAUGCUGACAGGGAGGUUCUGUUACUGCAGAAAGCUCAGGCUGGGAACCAAAGAUCUUCACCCCGUUAACUCAAACAAACAUGGCUGACAUGGACUCUGCAACUGUGGAGUCUGGACAUGAUUUCAAUUAAGUUUGAAAAAGUUUGUGUCAGAUUAUUUUACUUGUUGAUGAUUUGUUUCAUCCCUUGUGACUCACCUGCAUUUAGUCAGCGUGGUUGUUAUGACUGGACCCACCUGACCUGAGCGGGGAACACAGCUGGAGUCACAAUCUGAUCGUCUCCAGUUGACACUUCCUGUAUGUUUCCACCAGUGAAGCUUUUUCUAGAUGUCUGUGUGCCUGUCUCCUUGUUCUGACUGAAGACCUUUUUCUUCUUCCCUCAUGUUCUGGUUUCAUGGUCCUUUGGUGUCCAUCCAUCUGCCAGAGCCUCCUGUCUUUGAGAGGUUUUGUUGUCUCAGUCUGAUGGUUUUUAUUAUCUGCAGUUCUUUUAUCUUUUGAGGUUUCAGUGAAGUAAUGAAGCAAUGAGACACACGUGGACCAGAGCCAGUUCAGAGGAACUGAUCACGUGCAUGUGCAGCUCAUAUUGAU